AUGGCGGGGCAGACAUGCAAGGCACCGCUGUCGGACCCCUCAUCAAACAACAAACCUUCACCAUAUCUGCCUACACACUCCAUCCCAGCUGUGCUCAUCGCUAGACAUUUACCACCGUACUGUCCGCUCAAUCCGUUCCGGAACACCGCCGUGCAACCUAAAGAGACGAUGGCAUCCCUUAAAGGUCCUGGCGCAGCAAGAACUUAUGACGGCUCCGACCUCCGCAUCGGUAUCAUCCACGCGCGCUGGAACAGCACGCUAAUCGCAGCGCUACUGGAGGGCACGAAGAAGUCCCUGAGAGCCGCGGGAGUGAAGGAGGAGAACAUCAUCGUAUCAAGUGUGCCGGGGAGCUGGGAAUUACCAUUUGGGGUGCAGAGGAUGUACGCCUCCUCGCAAGUGCAAUCCGCCCAUUCCAGCACCGGCGGCGCCCUCCUAGCCUCCGCGACCGACCUCCUCAGCUCCUCGACCACCGACCUAACUUCGACUCUCACCUCCUCCGCAGCCAAACCAUCCUCCACCUCGGCCUCCGCGUCCACGGCCCCCUUCGACGCCCUCAUCGCGAUAGGCGUCCUCAUAAAAGGCGAGACGAUGCACUUUGAGUACAUCGCGGACGCUGUCUCCCAGGGCCUCAUGCGCGUGCAGCUCGACAGCGGCGUGCCGGUCGUGUUUGGGCUGCUGACGGUGCUGACGGAGGAGCAGGGCAUGGCCAGGGCGGGCAUCGAGGGCAAGGGGCAUAACCAUGGCGAGGAUUGGGGGAGUGCGGCUGUGGAGCUGGGGUUCAAGAGGAGGGGGUGGGGGAGGGGGGAGUGGAUUGAGUAG